UCUUACUUUAAACUAUGGGUGCCUCUCUUGCAACUCAUCAUGUGCUUUUCUUAGUAUGGUUCCUUCCCGUUGCCUUUAGUUUAAGCUUCUUCUUCUUCAAAGCAGAGUCAAUCUCAAAUGUCUCUUGCAAUGAAAAAGACAAGCAAGCCCUUCUAACCCUUAAACGUGGUCUCACUGACCAUGGACACGUCCUCUCAUCCUGGUCUGACCACAAAGAUUGCUGUAUAUGGGACGGAGUUUUCUGUGACAAGAAAAUUGGGCGAGUCUCUGAGCUCCACCUCAAUAAUUCGGGGUUAGGUGGUGAGAUUAGUAGUUCAUUGCUCCAAUUAGAACAUGUGAAUUACUUGGAUUUGAGUGGCAAUGACUUUAAUGGUACUCUGAUCCCAACUUUCCUUGGUUCAAUGUACAGUCUCACACUUCUUGACCUCACAAGUGCUAACUUCAGUGGACUCAUUCCUCAUCAGCUUGGGAACCUUUCAAGCCUUCGCCAUCUAUCUCUUUGGAAUAAUUCUGACCUCUAUGUAGAUAACCUUCGUUGGAUGUCUGGUCUCUCUGCCAUUCAACACCUUGACCUAAGUGAUGCUGACCUUCACAGAGAAGUUGAUUGGCUUCAAAUAAUGAGUAAGUUCCCAUCUCUUUCAGAGUUAUACUUGCACUAUUGUCAUCUUGAUAGCCUGAAUCCAUCUCUUGGAUUUGUCAAUUUCACGUCUCUUCGAGUCCUUGAUCUUUCUGGAAAUCAUUUCAAUCAUGAGAUACCUAAUUGGUUCUCUAAUCUUAGUUCAAGCCUCUUAGAGCUUUACCUGACAAACAGUUCUUUAAAAGGCAAUAUACCGCCUAGCAUUUUCAAUUUAGAGAAAUUAGAACUUCUUGAUCUCGGACUUAAUUCUUUAAAUGGUCCUAUACCUUCUUCCAUUGGGAAUUUAUCUCGUAUAACAUCAUUAUACCUCGACCAAAAUCAGUUGAAUGGCACCAUUCCAAAGAAUCUUGGGCUUCUCUCUAAGUUAAAGACGUUGUAUGUCGGAAAAAAUUCUUUAACAGGUACCGUAGAUGAAAGGCAUUUCCAAAAACUCUCAAAAUUAAAGGAUCUCUAUAUGUCUGAAGCACCUUUGUUCUUUAAUGUCAAUUCCAAUUGGGUUCCCCCCUUCCAACUUGACCGUGCCUCCAUGAACUCAAUCAAGAUAGGUCCUAAUUUUCCUUCAUGGCUACAAUCACAAAGAUCCCUCAGAUUUUUAGAAAUGUCCAUGUCAGGAAUUUCAGGCAAAGCUCCAGGUUGGUUCUGGAAUUGGACUUCAAACAUUACAGUUAUCAAUCUGUCUAACAACCACAUAGAAUGUGAUGUAUCAGACAUUUUGUUGAGUUCUACUGUUAAAUUGCUCAAUAUAGCUAACAACUCAUUUUAUGGACCCAUUUCUACUUUCUUAUGCCAAAAAAAAAUUAGAAAGAAUAAAUUAGAGGUUUUAGAUGCAUCAAACAAUCUCUUAUCAGGAGAACUUUCUCACUGUUGGAAGUAUUGGCAGUCUUUGAUCCAUUUAAACUUAGGGAGCAAUAAUCUAGUAGGUAGAAUUCCCUACUCCAUGGGGGCUUUAGUUAACCUCCAAUCAUUGCAUUUACAGAGCAAUAGCAUCUAUGGAUAUAUUCCUUCGUCAUUGAAAAAGUGCUCAAAUCUCUGGUUCAUCGAUAUGGGUGAUAAUCAUUUGUCCGUCAUACCACUAUGGAUUGGAGAAUUGACAAAUCUUAUAGUUCUCCGUCUAAGAUCAAGUGAAUUCAAGGGUUAUAUACCUCAACAAAUAUGCCAACUUUCUUCUCUUAGAGUGUUGGAUCUUGCCAAUAAUAGCCUAUCGGGAUCCAUACCAAAUUGCUUGAAAAAUAUUAGCGCCAUGGCAUUACCAAAUUUCAAUAUUAUUUCAUUUUCUUCUAUGUCUUUUAUAUAUUCAUAUAUAUAUGGAUCCUAUGUUGAGAAUGUUCAUUUGGUUCCCAAAGAGAAAGAAAUGGAAUAUGAAGAGAACAUUUUAUUAGUCAGACUCAUAGACCUUUCAAGUAACAACUUGUCCGGAUCAAUCCCUACUGAAAUUUCAGAUCUUUCUGAAUUGCGUUUUUUGAACUUAUCUCGAAAUCAUUUGAUGGGAAAGAUACCGGAAAAAAUUGGGAGUAUGAAAGAGUUGGAGUCAGUUGAUCUCUCACAAAAUCAUUUAUCGGGUGAAAUUCCUUCAAGCAUGUCUAAUUUGACAUUUCUUAGUCUCUUGGAUUUGUCAUACAACAAUCUCUCAGGUAGAAUUCCUUCAAGCACCCAGCUUCAAUCAUUUGAUGCCCUUAGGUACAUUGGAAAUCCUCAGUUAUGUGGUGAUCCUCUUCCAAAAAGCUGCACAAUUGAGGAACAAUCUUUGAAUAGAUCACCAAUUGGUAGUGUUGAAGAUGAUUCUAAAAACUCCAGCUUCUACAUUGGUAUGGGAGUUGGAUUUGCAACUAGCUUUUGGGCAAUUUGUGGAGCUCUCUUCUUUAAUAGGACUUGGAGGCAUGCUUAUUUUAGAUUUGCUGAUGAAAUAAAAGAUUGGAUUUUUGUGACUACAAUGAUAAAGAUGAAUUACUGGAAACGCUAAGAGUCUGCCUUAGCAAGUGAAGCAUCGUUAUCUAGCCAAAAGGUUGGACUCAACGAAUUUACAGUUUUGGAG